ACGGUCCUGGGGCUGUUGAGCAGCCCCCGGCUCGGCUGGCGCUGAGAUGGAGUCGGCGGAAAGCGGCCCCCUGCCUCCAGCCCCGGACCUGUGUGGUGUUGACGUCUAUGCCGUCCCGGACCCGGGGCUGCUCACGGAAAAGAACGAGCCAUCGUUUUCAGAGCCAGUCCCCCAGCGUUUUACCAGCAGCUCAGAGUGGCAGAGCAUGGCUGUGUGCAGCCGUGCCCGCCAGCUGUGGCUGCUGCUGCGUGCAAGCCUCCAGAGCUUCGUGGAAAAGGCAAAGAGAGCUGAGCUGCGCGCGGCGCGCCUGACGCACGGGCUGGAGCCACUGCGCCGCCUGGCGGUGGCAGCCGGGCUGUGUUCAGUGGCGCAGGACCCGGUGGGUAGACGCUUCGUGGUGCUGGACGGCGCAGGCCUCCUACACCUGCACAGAGAGGACGGCUUGGCACAGGAGAAGUUGCCGGCUCCCAUCGCACUUACAGGGCUGGUGGCAGUGCUGGGCCCGCUGGGUGCCGUGGGCCGCUUUGUGGGCUGGGGCCCAGCGGGUCUGGCUAUACUAAGGUCUGACCUCAGCUUACUGUGGCUGAGUAAGCCAGGGCUGUUCAGAGCACCUGGCCACGAGCCCAUCUGCUGCCUGCCGGUGCCCAAUCCUGGGCUGCUGCUGGUGGCAGCGGCAGGCGGCAUCCUGGCCCUCUGGAAGUUCCGUUCAGGGGGUCGCUGCCUGGUUCCACAGGGGUCGCCUCUGCAGCUGCCAGCAAGCCCCCCAGGAGCGCUCGUGCGCUUGGCUCUGGGGCCUCAGCCCCCCUGUCACCUCCCACGCUGCUUUGCAGCCUGCGGCUCUGCUGUGCUCACCUGCGAUCUGCACACCUGGGCUCUCAUAGAUGUGCGACGGGACUUGCACAAAACCACCGUCUCGGACCUGGCGUACUGCAGUGAGCUCGAGGCCAUGGUGACAGCGUCCCGGGACAGCACAGUGAAGGUGUGGGAGGCAGACUGGCAGAUCCGGAUGGUGUUCGUGGGCCACUCAGGCCCGGUGACUGCUGUGGCUGUGCUCCCGAACACGUCCCUGGUGCUGUCGGCUUCGCAGGACGGGACGCUUCGCACGUGGGACCUGCAGGCAGCGGCGCAGGUGGGAGAGGUGGCACUGAGCUGCUGGGACCGGAGCGUGCCGCCCGAGAGCGUGAGCCGCCUGCUGGCCCCCGCCGGCCCUGGCUGGCCCUUGCUCUCCUUGCGCGCCAGCAGCGUGGAGUUGUGGCGCCUGCGUGAGCUCUACUCGCCCUUGGCACAGUUGUCGGCGCCAGUGCUGCACCUGCAGGUGGUGCCCGUGCUGCCCACGCUGGCGCCCCCGGCCCCUCAGCUGCCGGUGCGCCUUGUGUGCGCAUGCGCCGACGGCUCAGUUUCCCUGGUCUCGGCCUUGACCGGACGCGUGGUGAACGCGCUUCUGCUCGAGCCCGAAGACUGCGCGGCCGCUGUGGCCUAUUGCCUGCAGCGAGAGGUGCUGUGGCUGCUGACGCGCGCCGGGCACCUGCUGUGCGCCAAUUCUGCGCGCUGCCCCAUGCAGGUGCUGCACCGCCUGCGCCCACCGCCGCCCCCCACACCCAGGCCCUGCUGCCUGCACCUCUACAGCCACCUCACAGACCCCAGGAGCGCGUUUGCCAGCUGGGAGAUCGUGUGCCAGCACAAGGGCGACCUGUGCCACAGAGACAUGGUGGGCUGGAAGGAUAAGAACCGGUACCUGCCUGUGGUGGGGCAUACGGACGGCACCCUGUCGGUACUCGAGCUGCGCUCCUCCAAGACUGUCUUCCGAACGGAGGCUCACAGCCCGGGCCCCAUCACCGCCAUCGCGUCCACCUGGAACAGCGUCGUGUCCUCGGGGGGAGACCUGACUGUGAAGAUGUGGCGCGUCUUCCCCUACGCCGAAGAGAGCCUGGGUCUGCUGCGCACCUUCUCCUGCUGCCACCCGGCCGUGGCGCUCUGUGCCCUGGGGUCGCGUGUCACCGUGGGCUUUGAGGACCCCGACAGCGCCACCUAUGGCUUGGUGCAGUAUGGCCUGGGCAACAGUCCGCGCUGUGAUCACCGGCCCCAGGAUGACCCCACCGACCACAUCACCGGCCUGUGCUGCUGUCCCGCCCUCAAGCUGUACGCCUGCUCCAGCCUGGACUGUACCAUCCGCAUCUGGACAGCGGAAAACCGCCUGCUGAGGCUCCUGCAACUGAAUGGUGCCCCUCAGGCCCUGACCUUCUGCAGCAACAGUGGGGACCUGGUGCUGGCACUGGGCUCCCGCCUCUGCCUGGUGUCGCACAGGCUCUACCUGCCCACGUCUUACCUGGUUAAGAAGCUGUGCCAGGAGACGCCUGAUGAGGUGCAUGACCCUCCACUGACCAACCAGGAGUCACCAGCAUCAGCCCAGCUGCAGAGGCUUGCCAACCUGCAUGGGGUGGCCGGCCUCAGCAUGGCCUCGUCUUUCAUCCAUCGCCAGACGGCAACACCUCAGCAGCCUGUGUUGGAGGAGGACUUGCAGGCCCUCAUCGCCCGGGACCAUGACCUUCAGCAGCUAGGACUGGGGCUGGUGGGUCCGGCAGCCCGGCCCCCACCCUCCUGGCAGCAGCGCCAGGAGGCCUUUGAGAACUACCUUCGUCUGAUCUAUGGCCCUGACCUGCUGGGCACGUGCUCUGGACGAGAGUCCCAGCGAUGGAGCACCAUGACUGUCACGGUGGAGAGAGACACAUGGGAUGCGUGUGCCCUGCCUGGUCCCUCACAGGCUGGCGUCUGCGCCGAAGCCCCAACAGUGCCAACAGUCCUGCCACCCCAGGACCUGGGCACCCAGGGCCGGCGCUUUGCCCGCCCUCCCCGAGUCACCUUGCCCAUCCCCCCCACCCACCGGAGGGUGCACAGCAGAGCAUCCCAGCUGCUGGCCCGCUCCUCCCUGAGCUCAGACCUGGGCCUCAGUCUGGACCUGCAGCUGCAGUCGGAGCCGCUCCUCUGGGAGAAGCCUGUGGCCCCGGACCCACCAUCCUACCUGCAGCACAGGAUCCCCCUGCUGCCGAAGAGGCGGCCCCAGGCGCUUCUCUCCAACCUCGGGGGCUUCUAUCCUGCCACCAUUCAGCCCUACAAGGACUCGAGGCGGCCCAUCCACUUCCCUGGCUGUGUGCCCAACUCUGUGGUGCUGCAGCAGAUGUGGCAACCCGGGCAGGUCGGCGGCCUCGAAGCCCUCUGCCAGCUCAUGGGCAGCAGACCCAAGGUAGGACACAGCCGAGACGACCUGGGGCUGCACCAGGGCGGCUGGCGGCACCACGCCAAGUGGCAGCAGAACCUGCUCCAGUGGCUGGGGGAUGCGGAGGAGCAAGGAGAGCUGGUUCUGGACUUGGCCUCAGAUUCUCUGAGCCCCCACGGGCAGCUUUCAGACCAGCUGCUGGAGUCCAGGGAGCAGGAGGCUGAAGUGGGCCGCCAGGGCGCUGUGGCCGGGCCUCGGGAGCUGCUUGGAGAGGAAGGGUCUGCAGCUGUGGCCGCACCCCUGCCCCGUCAGAGCUCCAGGUUUUUGCUCCGGAAGCCCAGCGGCUCCCCAGACACCACCAUCAGGAAAGAGAGCUAUUUCUGCCGCCCCCAGGACCGCCACGGGCGCUCGCUCUGGGGAGAGCGCUAUGGGCAUCUGCCAAGGUUCCUGCAUUUUCUCAUCGGCCAGAACUGGUUCAAGAGGCUGUUCCCCAUCUUCACUCUGGAGGCGUACCCUGAGGUGGGCACGGUGGAGGGCCUGGCCUCGCUGUUCUUGGACCUGCUGGAGGAGGCCUCCUGGGCAGACCGCGGGCACAUCCUCCAUGCGCUGCUGAGGCUGCUGCCUGACGUCAGCCAGGACCUCUGUAGCCGGCUGCAGGGCGUCCUCCUGCGCUUGCUCAACCGGGACCAGCCCCCCAGCCUCGAGGACCCAACGCAGAAGCAGUUUGUGAUGCUGGCGCUGCAGCUGCUCCUGGCCUGCUCUCUGGAUGCGCGCGAGGUGGUGCUGGAGCUCUCGGCCUACUUCCUGUACUCGCCAGCGCCCUGCCGGCCGGAGAUCAAGAAGCUGAUGGACGGGCUAGGCCUUCAGGACCCUCAGGGCUUCCUGUUCCAGGAGAUGAUGACCUGGGUCCAGGGUCCAGACCUCGACUCCAAGGCCGCACUGCGUGAGUGCUGCCGCCAGAAGCUGGAGGAAAUGAUGCAGCCGUUGCAGGGGGCCCCGCCACCCAUGUCGAUGCUCUCUGGGACAACUGCUCAUGUAUCUGUGACCCCCUCCGUCCACUCUGGGACACCCUCAAGCAUCUCCUGGAUGCCCACACGGGUGGUCUCACCUGGGGAGCUGGACUCGGCCGCGCCGGAGGCCCAGGCGCAGCAGAUGCGCCCACAGAGGAGCUCAGGGCGGAGCAGACGUGCGCUGUCGGAGACACUGGUGCACUUCCGCUCCUUUCCUGAGGUCCACCCGUGGUCCUCAGCCCCGGCCGCCCUGCUUGAUGAGCCACUGCCCCUGGAGCAGACGGACUGGUCGCAGUCCAAAAUGCUGGACCUGGGGCCCAUCGAUGCCCUCAACUUCUUCUGCGAGCAGCAGCGGGCUCGGCAGCAGGGCGUCCUGCAGGGGGGUUUGAGCGCCCACGACGCCCCCCAUAGCCUGCAUGGGGUGGCUGAGGGCCCGGCUGCAACUAACCCACCUCCCCCUGCUCCCAGGCACUACCCUAUCCUCCGGCUUCAGGAGGCCCAAGUCCAGAGGCCUCCGGUGAAAGUGAGGGGCCACAUGCUGUCCCGGCUCUGGGAGGACCACACCCUGGACAGCCCUGUGAGGAUGCUGAAGCUGCCCCUGCCCCGGGUGGAGCCGCAGCCUUUUCCCCCAGACUGGCCCAGGCCCUCCCGUCCACUGCCCCCGCGGCUCCUGCAGCCUGCCCUGCAGCGCUACUUCCUGUUAGAUGAGGUGCACCCCGACAGCUACAGCUGACCUGGCUGCCCGCUGGCCCCUCCCUUCCCCUCCGCUCCAGCAGGGAGCCUGGACUCAGCUCCCGGGUCAAGCUGGUUGCCCCUGUCCAAGGCAUAGGGCUGGAAUAAAGUCUAGAAGCCACAGCAAGUA